GGGCGGCUCUGCCCGCCCCGGGCGCCGAGGGGAGCGCAGCCUGGUCCCGGCCGCGCUGCGCCCUCAGCGGGCCCGCUCCCUGCCGCUCCAUGGAAGCGGCCAACGGGGCCGUGCUCGUGCCCGAGGGCGCGGCCGAGCAGCCCCGCGGCCCCGCGGCCGCCCCGUCGGGCAGGAAGGAGGUGAAGGUGGUGAUCGUGGGCGACGGGGGCUGCGGGAAGACGUCGCUGCUGAUGGUGUACGCCAAGGGCGCCUUCCCCGAGCAAUACGCGCCCUCUGUUUUUGAGAAGUACACGACGAGCGUGACGGUGGGGAAGAAGGAGGUCACCCUGAACCUGUACGACACCGCAGGGCAGGAGGACUACGACAGGCUACGGCCACUUUCUUACCAGAACACCAAUGUCGUGUUAAUUUGUUACGAUGUCAUGAACCCCACUAGCUAUGAUAAUGUGGCAGCCAAGUGGUAUCCUGAAGUGAAUCACUUCUGCCGGGGAGUGCCGCUCGUGCUGAUCGGCUGCAAGACAGACCUCCGCAAGGACAAGGAGCAGCUGCGCAAGCUCAGGGCUGCCAAGCAGGAGCCCAUCACCUACAACCAGGGUGAGGCAGCUUGCAAGGAGAUUAACGCAGAAAUUUACCUGGAAUGCUCAGCAAAAUGUCGUGAGAACAUAGAGAAUGUUUUUAAAGAGGCCACAGCCAUUGCACUGAGUGCCAUGAAGAAAGCCAAGUGCCACAGGAAACGGAAAGUGUGCUCAGUGUUAUGAUCUGGACUGCACAAGAACCAAGUGAUUCAGAUUUUAUAAAAGUUUAACUUUUAAAACCUUCUCUUUUUUUACAUGUUUGUAUUCUUAGGAUAAUUUUUAUUUUAAAAUUUUAAUUAUUUUUAGUAUUUUUGCACUUUUGUUACACCGUUCUCACAGAGUUUUCAAAGCUGUUUAUCACAGUUAGCUCACCCUGGGUGCCUUCACCCAUCUGGCUUUUGCUUCUAAGUGUGAACAACUCACUAUUUAAACUGCUACUAUAUAACUCAGUGCUGGGGUUUUUCUUCCUCUGCAAAAUAAUUGUGGCAGUUUAGAGUCACAAUUUACUGCUUGUUUCUAGUAGAAAACUCACACCUUUCAGAAGCAAUGUUAAAGCAGCUUAUCAGGCACCUUUGAAGAGACAGAAAAAGUUUUGUCUUAACAUUUUCAAGUUAAUUAACUUGGUGGCAAUGGCAUGAGUUGGCCUCAAGCUGCCCCCCGAGUGCAGAUGGAACAUCCACCACCCUCCUGGACCAGCUCUGCAGAUUUGCACCUCAGAGUCCUUCAAGGCCUGCUGCUGGAAUAGAAAGUGGUAUUUAUCAAUGGAAAUACGUCAGUUGCUCCAAUUAAGUAGUGGAGUAUCAUGGGAAAUAGUUAAUUUACAGCACUAAAAUUUAUAACUACUCCAAGCAGCUACUACAUGUAAUGUUAAGUCAGUCUUAUGAUAAACAUUUACAGCUUAUUUAAUACAAGACAGAUGCACACUGAAGGAAAAAUUCAUUCACUCAUGAAAUCAUCUCUACUGGUUUAAAUUAAAAGUGCAAAACUAUUUUGGA